AUGACUAUCAUUCCCAAACGCAGUUACAACGUACUCACAACAUGCAAGGCCGUCUUCCGCGACGUGGGAGACUACUGGCUGACCACUGGGAACUUACGAACCACAAAACCACAAAGCCCAGCACAAGGCUUUCACCGGGACACAUUGCUCUAUCCCGUCCUUCAGUACCAACCUGCCACAUCACCAUCCCUGAUAGUGACGCUCCUUGUCUCCAUGACGGACGCCACUGUUGCCAACGGUGCAACGCGGGUCAUUCUCAGCAGCCAAAAUGGGAGGCUGUUGAACACCAUCGGAGGACCAGGCCGUGCAAGCAGAGCUAAACGCUGGGGACAUGCUGGUAAUCCCUCAGCGGCUGCUGCACGCUGGUGGGAAGCAUACGAAUCAGGCACCGAAUACAAGACGAAUGCUACUAAUUUUCUUCACAAGAUGUUAGCUAGUUGCUCUUGA